AUGGGCAACGGACAAAAGGCACAACAUAAACGUGAACGAGCAAAAAAUGAUGCGAAAAAAGGACCAACAAGUCAGUUGAAAACGAAUGAGGCUGCCAAGAAUAUAGUAUGUCAAGUUUGUCGGAACACAUUCUUAUGUACUGUAAGAAAGAAAGCUUUGGAAGAACACGCCGAUAAUAAACAUGGUAAAAAAUUGGAAGAAUGUUUCCCAGGAUUUGUUGAAACGGCUGGUAAAAAAUAA